AUGUUUUUAAAUACCAAAGUAUUCCCGAUCUGGGCAGUACAGGUUUGCCCAAGACUUACUCGAGAUUCAGCCCAGGUUCUCUCUCUUUACAGGAACCUGUCUCGUGCAAUCUUCAUCUCAAUCCCUCUAGCCACUUUCAUCUAUGUAUUUGUGAAUAUUGCAUAUGUUACAGCUAUGAGCCCUCAGGAUCUGAUGGCCUCCAAUGCUGAUGCUGUGACAUUUGGUGAAAAGCUGCUCGGGGUGAUGUCAUGGAUCAUGCCCACCUCUGUGGCUCUGUCCACCUUUGGAGGGGUUAAUGGUUCCCUUUUUACAUCAUGUAGGUUAUUCUUUGCGGGUGCGAGGGAACGCCAUCUUCCCCGUCUGUUGGCAAUGAUUCAUGUGAACCACUGUACACCUAUCACAGCUUUGCUUUUCACUUGUAUAUCAACUCUGCUGAUGUUGUGCACCAGUGACAUAUACACCCUCAUCAACUAUGUUGGCUUCAUAAACUACCUGUUUUAUGGGGUCACUAUUGCUGGACAGAUUGUGCUUCGCAUUAAAGAACCAGAAAUACAUCGGCCAAUCAAGGUGAGCUUGGCAUGGCCAGUAAUUUUCCUGAUUUUCUGGGCAUUCCUGCUGAUCUUCUCUUUGUACUCGGAGCCUGUGGUGUGUGGCAUAAGUCUGGCCAUCAUGUUGUCAGGUGUUCCUGUAUAUCUAUUUGGCAUCUAUUGCAAAAACAAGCCCAAGAGCUUCAACUCAUUUGUUGCUAAACUGACACACUUGGGGCAGAAGCUGUUCAUGGUGGUAUAUCCCUCUGAGAGCAGUGAAGAUGGAAAUGAAGACAAAGAGGAAGCUGGAUAGGAUUACAGGAAGUACAUUUACUGAUUCAUCAAUGGAUAUUUAUUCAUCAGCUAAACUUAAGCAGUUUG